AACACUCAAGUGAAGAAAUUCAACGAGUUUUCGUUCCUUCGGUUUUUUUUUUCUAUUUUUUUUCCCUUUUCUUACGGAGUUGCCCGAACUGUCUACGCUCCACUUCCUACGGAUGAGGUCAAAUUUGCGCGAACGUCUUCCCGUUUGCAAGAGCACAGACAUCACCACGAGUCCAUAUCAGCUGGGGUUUGAAAGGACUGAGGUGUGCAGAUGGGGGAGGUGAGGAAACUACAGAAGAAGUUGAGGCAGAUUGAGAACCUGGAGCUCAAGCUUUCUCUCACCCCAGAAGAAGCAGUGAAGGUCUCAAAGAAGGAGGAGCUUCGCAGCAGAUUGGCCGAGCUCCUGCUGCAUCUUUCCGGCCUGCAGCAAACCCACGGUAUUGUGGGUGAAGAGGAGGAUAAAAUGAAAAGACAAGUAGAGACUGGAACAGAGCAUCACACAGAUCACACUCCGGCUGUGAAGCUAGCGCGUGAAGACCACCGAGAAAAGCAGGACAAGGGGAAAAGUGGAGCGGAGGAGGAGAUAAAAGAGAGAGAGGGUGGAGGACAAAGCCAGAGGCUCCCAGACCCAGACACAGAAUUCUCAUCUCUUAAAGCAUUGUGGGAAAAGGCCAAGUUUCGCCUCAGGAUUCUAAAAGGUCACAGUGACAUCAUCACUUGCGUAGCCGCCGUAGACAAUCUUGUGAUUUCUGGCAGUCGUGAUACCACAGUGAAGGUGUGGCACGUUCCCACGGCAACGGAGCAGCGCAAUCUCGGAGGUCACAGCGGGGGCGUCACUUGUGUUAAUACACCACCUUCAGAGUACUGCAGGAAAUUAGCAUCUGCUCUGCAUCUGUCUGAGACGGAGAGGUUCAUCCUAAGUGGCUCCACCGACUGCUGUGUACGAAUAUGGACUCUGAGUUCUGGCCAGUGCGUGAAAUCAAUUUACACUUUUAAUGCCGUCACAAGCCUUUGCUUCAUAGCGGAGUGGGAGGGCUACAUUGUGACAGGCUCAGAUGCUGGGAAACUGCAAGUGUGGGACUGGCUCUCUCAGGAGAACUGUCAAUCAGUCAACGCGCACCUGGAUGCUGUCACGACACUACAGUCGCACGGUCCUCUGGUGUUCAGUGGCUCGACAGAUGGGAGCGUGUGUGUAUGGGAGGUGUGUGAUGGAGCAGUGGAGCCCCUAAACCAGCUGCAGCAGUGGGGGUCAGAGGUCACUGGUUGUAGCAGGGUUGAUGAGGUCAAUGGGAGGCUGAGACUGAGUGCCCGAGGCGACCACAUCUUUCUGGCCAAUGGGAGAUCCAGUAUCCGAGUGCUCAACUGGAGAACAGGCACAAUGAGGAGACUGACCAAUCACAGCAGCACUGCUGGCGUCACAGAUUGUGUCAAUCAAAUACCAGGGGUUCUAGUUGGCUCAUGCUUUGACCUCACCAGCGGAGAGAGUACUCUAAACUUAUUUUCUCUUCCACAAUGUAGGUACCUCGUCUCAAUCUCCAGCUCAGAUUUACCACGACUCCUUUGUUUUGCGGCAUGGGUCACACCUAGUGGGGGUCAUCGCUGGGUUACAGGCGGCCGUGAGCUCACAGUUUGGGAACAGCUUCCAGGAAAUGUCAAAAAGAGAGGUGACGUAAACGUGAGACGAGACAGCCGAUUGGACAGUACACUCGCGGAAUCUGACGGAGACUCACAGGAGGAGAGCGAGGACGAUGACGAAGAUGAAGAUGAAGAGUCCACGGCCAGCGACGGAGAAGAAGUGUCGGGAUCAUCGUGGCUACGCUGCGUCCUCCAGUGAGAGAGAGAGAGAAAUGAGAGAGACCAAGACAGGAAGAGCUAGAACGUGAGGUGUGAAGUUUAGCAGAUUGAGCGGGUGGCGGCAGGGCAAAGAGCGCGGAUGGACAACAGCUUGUUCUUCAUGUAAAUCUUGCAUCAUGGAGCCAAUAAACGUGCCAUGCUAUGAC